AGGUGGGGAAAAAAAUCCGUCGCUUUCCGUUCCUUCCUUUCACCUGAAACCAAGGCGAAGUCCCGGCCUCCCCCAACCCAGAGCGCAAGAUUCCCAUGGGCUGCGCAGGAUCCACCCCCAUGGGCGCCGAAGCCGAUACUACUAAGAAAAUUAGGAAGCCAAAGCCCUGGAAGCACCCGCAACCGAUAACAAUGGUCCAGCUCAGUAAGAUGCGUGAGGAGUUUUGGGACACAGCUCCUCACUAUGGUGGUCGGAAAGAAAUCUGGGAUGCCCUGCGUGUUGCGGCAGAGUCUGAAGUGUCCCUUGCACAGGCAAUUGUGGAAAGCGCAGGCAUAAUUGUUUCUAAUACUGAUCUGACUCUCUGCUAUGAUGAAAGAGGUGCUAAGUAUGAACUGCCCAAGUAUGUUUUGAGUGAACCAACCAACCUGAUUCAAGACAGCUGAAGAGCAGUUGUACAAAGACCUACUGAUGUAAACAUUUGUAAAUGAGAAAAACCCCUUGAGUGUCCUGGUAGUUGAAAGCAUGCUUGAUAAAAGAUUUUAAGCAUGCUCUGGGUAAUCAUCAGCUUAAAUUUUGUCUCUUCUUGUUAGGAUAAUAUUUUUCUUGCAUCUUGGCCGUCAUCCACCACCUUAGAUGAAGUCUAUGUAUCCCUUGCUGUUGGUGCUACCUUAAACAUGAAUCUUAGAAAUAUUUGAUAUGAGUUCAAAAUCUUUAAAAUGGUUUUUAGAAAUUUCAGUAUCCUGUAGUCUGAUACAUGUUUUGGUGUGGUACAAUAUGUAUUUCAGAACAAAUACACGCCACAA